AUGGAUCAAAUGGCACGCGACAUUUUCGUGAGAGAAUUCCGAUCUGGAUCAUCUAGAGUAUUAAUCACGACGGAUCUCUUUGACCUUAUCGACGUUCAGCAGGUCUCACUUGUAAUCAACUACGAUUUACCAUCAAAUCGCGAAAACACAUUCAUCGGAUCGGUCGAUCAGGACGUUUUGGCCGAAAAGCAGUGA